UCUGUCCCGGCCCGCCCCGGGCGGGGCCGCGCAGGCGCGGGGCGGCCAUGGCGACCUUCUUCGGGGAGGUGGUGGUGGCCCCGUCCCGGGCCGGGCUGGACGAGGAGGAGGAGGAGCGGGAGGAGACCCCCGAGGACCGCGAGAUCCGCAGGGAGCUGGAAAAGAAAAGGGAGAUCGAGGUGCUGUGGAGCGGGCUGGCCCAGGGGCCCUUGGCGUGCUCCAGGUUCGUCGUGGCCAUCGGGCGGAACGCGGCAGCUUUCCUGUCCUCUUUUAUUCUGGAUUCUGUGUGCUGGGAAGUGGUUGGAGUUGUGAAGCUGUGGAAUGAGUGGUGUCGGACAUCCAGCACCACAAAUGUCCUCCCCACAGAUUCUUUCUGUUUGUUCUACAGAUUAAUAUCAGACCCCACAGUUUUACUGUGCCAAUGUAGUUGCUACGUGGCUGAGGAUCAACAGUUCCAGUGGCUUGAGAAGGUUUUUGGCUCCAUGCAAAAGGAAGGUUUGCAGGUAACCAUCCUUUCAACGUGCCCCGUGGCUGAUUAUAAAACUCAGGAAUCCACUUUAACGCUUGCAUCCCCGUUCCUGAAAGCCUUGAAGACCAAAGAAUUCCAGGAGCAGGUUUGCUGCCCACUGCUGGAACAGCCCAACAUUGUGAGGGAUCUUCCUGCUGCUGUUUUGAGUUACUGCCAGGUCUGGCAGAUCCCUGCAGUGCUGUACCAGUGCUACACUGAUGUCAUCAAACUGGACACGGUGACAAUUGAAGCCUUCAAGCCUCUGCUUUCUUCUAAAGUCCUCAAGAGUUUAGUCAAGGAUGCAUCUGAAAGCACAAAGAUGUUGAAGAAGUUCCUGACAGCCACUGAAAGUCACAAUAAUAUCUAUAUUUAACAAGGACAUUUGUGCCCCAGGCUGCACUUUUGGAAACUCCAGUUUCUUCUGCAGAAGACUUUUGGGAAUUUUAAUUAUUUUUUUUUUUCUUUAAAAGUAGAAUAAAUUCCAGGAGGGUUUUACUUCUCCACUCAUUUUUUGUUGCUUUCAGCUUCAUCAGUGCAAACACAUGGAUUCCUUCUGCUUGGCUUGGGAGACUUUCUUCUGGAGUGACUUUAGGAAAGCAGCUUGUUGUUCUCCUCCUGAAGGGAUUAUCUUACCUAAAUAUAAAUAAAAAAUUACAUAUGAACUCCUUUUAUAUGGAAAAGAGGACAUGCAGUUAAGGGAUCCUGUCUAUAUCUAACAAGAACACAUAUUUUUAACUUUAUUUUCAGUCACAGAGUAUUUUUUAAUAUCUGAUGCUCUUUAAAGGUUUGGCUGUGAUGAAGGUACACUCUGUGCCCUUUUACAUCCAUAAAUAUAUAUAAUUUUGUUUGUCUGUCUGCACAUACUUUUUUAAUGUAUGUGUUGAUACAAAAUACAGUAAGUAAAGUAUGGAAAAUGCCUUUUAAAGACUGAAAUAACCUGGUGAAAGGGGCUUGCAGGAUCACAAGCUGCUUCAGCUGGACUUGCCAGGACAAUUAUCCAUUUUAAAACUCCAAACUUUUGGCAGCAGUAGGAAUAGUACAAGAUCUCCAAUGCAGAGCUUGUGAUUUUUAGAGGAAAGCAAAAGUUCAGGUUUUAAAGUGUCUCAGAAAAUUCUCUGGAAGUUGGUAGGAAUUUCUGCAGUUUAUUUAAAAUAUUUACUAGGAUUGAGGUGCAGUUCUGGGUUGUUUAUGCUCUGUUUAAUUUAGCAUUUUGUUUAAGGAAAUGGCAUUAAAAGUGGUGUUUGUGUUUCUCCCAAGGGAAUUCUGUUCUCUGAGGCUCAGUUCCUUGAAAUUGCUGUUCAUGUUAUUGCAGAGAAGCAAGAAAAUGUUGCUUCAAGUGCUGCUGGAUUUUGGAACAAAGCCUGAAGUGCAGGCCAUGGUUCCUUCUGUGAUUUUUUGGGGUUUUUUUCCCACUUCUGUCCAUCAUUAUAAUCCAAAAAAACGGUUUCUUUGAGUGAGCUGAGGAUUCUCUUGCUCUGAAAGCUGCACGUUGGCUGCAUUUCCUUACUUGUACCUGUUUGAUUUAUAACAAAUAAGGUAGAUAACAAAAAAUAUCUUUAAUAAUAAAACUGCAGGCUCUCAUAGGAACUGUGAA